AUGUAUACCUCUGGGAAACCUUCUCCAACAAGACACCUUGCUUCACACCCUGUCUUGGAUUAUAUGCAAAGAAGUUUCCAGUCAUGAGUGCAGAUGCUGAGCAGGAUGCUGCUGUCAAACUUGCCCAAGAACGAGCAGAGAUAGUUGCCAAGUAUGACAGAGGACGCGAGGGUGCCCAGAUUGAACCAUGGGAAGAUGCUGACUAUCGUCUUUACAAAGUCACAGACAGAUUUGGCUUUCUACACCCAGAGGAACUUCCUGUUCACGAUGUGGCAAUAGAAAAGCAAAAGCACCUUGAAAUUGAAAGAACUACAAAAUGGCUAAAGAUGCUCAAAAGCUGGGAAAAAUACAAGAAUAGCGAAAAGUUUCACAGGAGAAUUUACAAAGGCAUCCCGCUGCAGUUCAGAGGGCAAGUCUGGUCCUUGCUGCUUGAUGUUCCUAAAAUGAAAGAAGAAACAAAAGACCUUUAUAAUAAAUUGAAGUGUGAAGCACGAGGGUCUUCACCAGAUAUUAGGCAAAUUGAUCUCGAUGUAAAUCGAACAUACAGGGAUCACAUCAUGUUUAGAGACAGAUACGGUGUUAAGCAACAGUCUUUAUUCCAUGUUUUAGCUGCCUAUUCCAUGUAUAAUACGGAAGUUGGAUACUGUCAGGGAAUGAGCCAAAUUACAGCUUUGCUCCUGAUGUACAUGAAUGAAGAAGAUGCCUUCUGGGCCCUGGUGAAGCUCCUCUCGAGUCCGAAGCACGCUAUGCACGGUUUUUUUAUUCCUGGUUUUCCAAAACUGUUGAGGUUUCAAGAACAUCAUGACAAAAUACUGAAAAAAUUUUUGUCAAAACUGAAGCAACAUUUGGACUCCCAGGAGAUUUCCACUAGUUUUUACACAACAAAGUGGUUUUUCCAAUGUUUCCUUGAUCGUACUCCCUUUACAUUAUGCCUCAGGAUAUGGGAUAUCUACAUACUUGAAGGAGAGCGAGUUCUCACUGCUAUGUCUUAUACAAUCCUGAAACUACACAGAAAGCAUUUGAUGAAAUUACAAAUGGAAGAGCUUGUAGAAUUUCUGCAGGAGACUCUAGCCAAGGAUUUCUUCUAUGAAGAUGACUUUGUAAUAGAACAGCUCCAAAAUUCUAUGUCAGAAUUGAAACGAGCAAAGUUGGAUUUACCAGCAGCUGGUAAAGAAGAUGAGUUUCCAAAGAAGCCACUGGGGCAAAUUCCACCAGGACCUCAGCCUGCUGUGCUUAAUUUCACUCCAGUGCUCAACGGACAGAACAACACUGGUACACAAACAGCAAGAAGGACAGAUAGGAGAGCAGCUCCUGGAGAAGGUUUGGAAAGUUCACCAAAUAACCGGAAAAGAGUUAAUUCACUGGAAAAAAAGCCUUCUUUAAAACAGCAGAAGCCCCGACCAAUGGACACACACAGUGAUCAGACCAAGAAUGAGGUAGACACCAGAAGGAAACCUCAGCAAACAGGGCAAGAUAGCUCAAGACAGUAUAAUAAUGCAGCUGCUAACCAAAAUUCUAAUGCAACUUCAAAUACAAGAAGGGAAUUUGUACCGAAGUGGAAUAAACCGUCUGAUAUCAAAGUAAUUGAAAAGACUAUGAAAUUUACUGCAGAGGUGAAAGGAAGGCCAACGAACCAUUCUGUUUCAGCCUCACCACCAAGUCCUGGAGAAACACAGCCUUUGAAUGUAAAGCAGAAGAUGAGGGUUUUGGAUGUUGAUGAAGGUAAGCGAGGGUCUAAUGCGUCACAGUAUGACAACGUUCCAGAAGUUGAUCAUGAGAAUGAGAAUCUUGUUGAAGAGAUGCUGGAGAGAGCUCAUCCACAAAGUCCUAGGCACGUAACAUACUCUAACAGUCCAAGGAAGCAAACUGAAAAAAUACCAGCUCCGCUAAAAAUACCCAAUAAUUACACGUUCACUUCACAGCCCAGAUCUCCAAAAUACUCGUCACAAUCUGAUGGACUGCCUCAUGGAUUGAAUGUAAAGCAGUCACUGCCAUCUUACAGUAACCCACCUACUUACCACGGAAAUUCUCCAAAGCAUGUCCCCAGCAUAGGCAAUACAAGCUCUGUUUCCCUGCAUUACCAUGGGAAUCGAACCAGCCCUUCUGGGAGGCCAUAUGGUUCUUUUAUUUCCAUGGAUUAUUCUCCAGAUAAAUCCCAAAUGAAUUCUUACCCUGCCAGUCGCCAAAAUCCUCUUUCACCGAGCCCUGGUCAGAUAGAGGUAGCCCCUAUUGAUGCUUAUCCCAACAAUUCAAGGUCCCCCACAGGAGUCAAAUUCAUAAUCCCACCAGUGGAUUACGUACCAGAAGACAGACAGUGGCCAGAUGCUGCAUAUAUGUACAGACAUGAGCCAUAUAGGCAGCCCUGGAGCCCAGAUGCUAACAAGGGCCAAUCGGAUAAUUUCCAGAAAUACCAGCAUUUUCAGUCAACACCUUUUCAAGAUAACAGUCUUCCUGCUGUUUCUGUUGAUAGUCCAAUAAGAUACAGGACUUCACCAACCUUUGACGAGCGUGGUUCGCCACCAUCAGCUCAGACCCAACACUACCGAAGCAGGAACGAUGGAUUGUCCGUGCAUGAAUCCGUGCUCCUCUGAGAAUCCUCUCUGCUUACUAAAAUAUCGAAAACCAAAACCAGCUAUACAGUGCUGUGUUACUAGUAGUCCACCUCAA